AAUGAAGUACUUCUGUGUUGUUGUUGUUGUUGUACACUCGUGCAGCUAGUUAGCUUUAGAUGCUGGUUACUCUGAACGGCAGCGCAGUGGAUGUCUAAUGGAAUGGAAGAUGAAUGGAAAGACGGUGAUAGUGACCGGUGCCAACAGCGGCAUAGGAAAAGCCACAGCAGCGGCCAUAGUGAAGCUCCAGGGCCGUGUGAUAAUGGCCUGCCGGGACCUGAGCCGGGCUGAGGAGGCAGCUCGGGAGAUCCGAGAGGAGACCGGUGCAGACAGUUCACAGCUUGUCCUCAAACAGCUGGAUCUCGCCUCGCUGACAUCUGUACACACUUUCUGUCAAGAUAUAAUAAAGGAGGAGCCUCGGUUAGAUGUGCUGAUCAACAACGCCGGUGUCUACCAGUGUCCUUACACCAAAACAGAGGACGGCUUCGAGAUGCAGUUCGGGGUCAACCAUCUGGGUCAUUUCCUGCUCACCCACCUGCUGCUGGACCUCCUGAAACGAUCAGCUCCCAGCCGCAUCGUGGUGGUCUCCUCCAAACUCUAUAAGCACGGCCACAUUAACUUUGAGGACCUGAACAGCGAGCAUAGCUACGACAAGGCCUUUGCCUACAGCCGAAGCAAGCUAGCCAACCUGCUGUUCACCUGUGAGCUGGCCCGUCGACUGGAGGGCAGCGGAGUGACCGUGAACGCUCUGACUCCAGGCAUAGUGAGGACUAAUCUGGGGAGGCAUGUUCACGUCCCACUGUUAGCUAAGCCCGUGUUUAACCUGCUCUCGCGGGCCUUGUUUAAGAGCCCAGAAGAAGGAGCUCAGACCUCGGUCUACCUGGCCUGCAGCCCAGAUGUAGACGGCGUGCAGGGAAAGUGCUUUGCAGAUUGUCGGCCUCAGGUUCUGCUGGACAAGGCCACAGACCGGGAAGUAGCCAGCAAACUGUGGGAUAUUAGUGAAGUGAUGGUGGGCAUAACCACGUGAGGUCUAAAACAAGUUCAAGCAGAGUUUUCAGAUUGUAAAGGAAUUUUUUUUUAAUUAAAGGCCCU